GAUCAUUCAUAUUGAGCCCCUACCCGCCGGGCAGAACUCUGCUCGAGAAGAGACGAGGGGGCCAUGCACCGCCGAAGUAUCGCCCCUUCGGCCUUCGGACGCGUCAACAUGAGACGUCGUGCCCGUCCCUUUGCCGAGAUAUCUGAGUCCGAAGGAGGGCGACUUAUAGUUCCGCCUAGGCGACGCCCCUUUUCUUCCGUUUUCACAAAACUUGCAAGUAAUCUGGAGAGUAUAGUGUCUAAGUGUCUAAGUGUCUAUUGUGAAAACGGCCACUCUUGUCUCGUCUCGUCUUCGCAUUCUGUCAGUUGCCGUGAGAUAACAUAGGUACCUACUCAGUCUUCAACUGUCAUCUUCAACACCAUGAAAGCUGUUCUAUUCCGAGUUGCGUUCCUCGCUGCCGCCGCCGCUUCGGUGGGUGCUCAGACGACAGAUAGUUCUUCCUCGUCUACUACUACCACGACGGCUUGCGAGGCUCAGAAUAUUCUCGAUACUUGUCUCUUCACGACCGAGAGCUAUGUCAGUCUUUGCGAAUCGACCGACUAUAUGUGCUUGUGCGAUAAGUACAUCGCCAUCAUGACCUGCUUCAACAACUGUCCCAACGACAGCCGGGAAGCAAGCUACCAACAACAGAAGGAUCUCUACUGUAUGAACGCCAGCUUAUACGCCACCACCUCCGGCAACCGCACCGUCAGCCGCAGCAUCACGUCUACUUCGUCCUCGGAGACGACCACGACCAGCGAGGGCGGUGGUGUAAAGACCGCCGACGUCACUGCUACCGCGAGCUCCCCCGCAGCCACCGGACUCAUCCAGAGCGGCAACAGCGCCGGCGAGAGGGUAGUCCACGCCGGGGGCAGACUAGCCGUUCUUGCCGGCGUCGUCGCGUAUUUUAUGUAAGGCUCGCACUCGCUUGGACUUUCUAUAUAUAUACUGCGGGUGGGAUCAGCGGCGAGGGAUACCUCGUUGCUGCCUUGAGGAGAAUAUAUUACGAUGUUCUUCGCUGUGUUAGGAUGUUUCGCGGUCGGAUGAAUAGCAUGUAUUCGAAGAGCUGUUGAGAAA